CCGCAGAACUUUAGCCCCCCACGUGUGCGUGGGCGGCGUCGGUAGGUUGCUCAACACCGCUCGUAUCUCCUCCUUAAACGCCUGAUGGUAAACAGUGCCGGUUGCCUUAACCAUUUGGUUCCAAAAACGGAAAACAAGCUCAGCCCAAUGCACGUGUAGUGGCAUGCACCCAAGCUCUCGAAAGAAGUGGUGGGAGCCCAGAAACCAACACAUGAAGUCUCAUUGCGCAGCCAGGUCUCCACCAGACCACCACCAGCAUGGGGACUUCCAUGCCGACUUCGUGGUCUGGCUGCCAUUGCACCGAGUUCAGCGUCCAUAACCUCCUGUCCUAUAUUCGUCGCUAAAUGGCUGAAAUUUUCGUUCCAAACGAGGCUGCGCUGCGGCACAACCUGGCCGAGGCCACUAGGGUUCUCGACCGCGGUGCAGCGGACGAGCCACAGUUGAUCGCUAGCGGCAUUCUGCGCUCGGUAGCUCACGCAUUCAUGGAAAAAUGCGAGCGAAAGGGCUUCCUAUUCAUCGGCGACGAAGCCUGCGGUGAUUUGUUCGUCUUUUACGACCCUACUGGGGUCCACGAGUCAGCAGCGCGCUACUUGGUGCUGCCCUUGAUAACUUGGUUGCAGCCAUGGAGCACGUUCGGCAACUUACUAUGGCUUGGCGGCAGCCUGACUAUGCACUUGCCGGGGAUCGUUGCGGAACCGGACGAGAGCCUGUGUGUGCGUGGGAACCCGCCGCACGUUUUCGUCGAGGUCGCCUACGCUAAGUCGCGCUCAAGCUUGCUCCAGGCCAUGUCCCGGUGGGCUGCACCUUCCGGGCCGGCUCGCCUGGUCUUCGGCGUUGACGUGCAAUACCCACCGCCUGCUGGAGUCCCCCCACGCAUAGCAAUCUUCAUGCAGCGUCCUGGACAGCAGCCAGCGGUCGCUGUAUCUUGUGGUGCGGGGAGCGGAUGCAUUGCGCCGGCGCUGCGGGAGUACACCAUCUUCCUGCCCCUCGACGACGUGCUCUUCGGUGUUUCGUGGCUCACACGCACUGUCAUUAGCCUCCAGCUGGCUGUGCUGGUGCCGCUGUACAGCCUGUACGGUUGCGUGUACGCAUUGUUCGAUGUGCUAUGCGGAAGGCGCAGCGUGUGGCAGCUAGUCAAGGCCAGCUUUCAGUCUAUGGGUGGACCGUGGUGGGGCGUGGUGCCCCUCGACACCUUCGAGGUGCGGCGGAAGGUGUUCAUGCAGUUGAACUGGUACCAACAGGUGCGCAGCCCGUGUUGAUUUGGGUGCGGCUGGUCGCUUGGUGAUUACGUUGUGUCCAGCCAAGGGUAGCCUGUUUGCCGGCUGGAGGCUGGUGCCUGGCUGUGCCUGGUGGCUAUCACGCUGGCAGCGCUGCCAUUGAGCGGUCAACGACUAUACUGGGCGGAAAGCGACCUCAGAGGCCCGGUCAGUAAUGUGUGGCUAUGGUACACAGAUGAAGGCGCCUGGGGAGGGCGCAGUCCACCAGAUACGCGCUCGUGUGCAGCCAGUGCAGAUGGUGAAGCCAUGCCCGUGCAGCAGCCGAACGAGGCAGCAAUGUGUACAGUUGUGGCUUUACUUUGUCUGGGCAGGCCUUGUUGUGACGCUAUGCAUGGCUGUUUAUGUGAUGCUCAUGCAAGCCUUUUGGCCGCCAUAAUUUACACGGGUCGUGUCAAUCGCUUGUGUGGUGCCCAGUUGUCAUGAUCGCACGCACCAACUGUGAAUCUGCGGAGCGCCUAUGGUCUUGCUUCUUGCGGACGGGAGGGCUGAUGAUAUGACAAAGGGGUGUAGGCGACAGCGGAGCGGAUAGCUGGACUCUGUUGUCAACGCUGGCAUGAGGAGCCAUGGACACGAAUGGAGGCAGCGGAGGCGCAAUGGGGGCCAUGGGCGCGAGUGGAGGUGGCAGCAGCACAGGCGGGAGCAGCACUGGCGGGAGCGGGAUGCUGCCUGCUGGCUGCGGCCAUGAGCGAGCACAAGAGCCGCUUCGCGCCGUGGCCAGCAGUGCCGACUACAUGGCGCGGCUGCCCGAGUUCGACGCCGACAUGGACGCCAAGCUGCGCGAGGCGGAGGCCAGCGGAGACUGCUUGAGAUGUGUGUGCGUGUGUGUGUAGGCAGGGGCGGGGGGGUGGGGGAUGGGUGGGGUGGGGGGCCUGCAAACGCAAGAACGUUGGUGUAGGGGCAUUAGUGACCAAACGCGCGGCUCUGGAUACCUACACGCGCUCCUUGACCCUGCCCUAACCCUUCCUUACCGCCUCCUGCUCCGCCUCGCGGAUACGUGGGUGUGGUGGACGCCCAGAACGGCAAGGGCAGCGUGGAGCUGCGCCGCUACCCCAAGUCCCACCCCUUUGCGCAGCUGCAGGGCAGCGACAACAUCAUCUCCUUCACCACCGCGCGCUACUUCAAGCAGCCGCUCAUCGUGCGCGGCCCCGGCGCCGGCGCGGACGUGAUGGUAGUGGUGGUGUGGAGGGCGGGAGUGCUCUUACCGUACGGUCCGUACCCCAAACAAUUGGGGGCGGGGCAGGGGGCCCGCUAAGGGGACGGCGUGUUUCGGGAAUGGGGAUGGCCAAUGCCGGCGGAUGUCCCGACACGGCUGUCGGCGGCGGGGAUGUGAGUCACGACGAGUAGCAAAGAGCUGGACGGCUUGAACGGGCCUUGCUUGAUGUGUAUCUGGUGCAGGAUGUGAGGUAUGCAGACGGUGCGCUUUGCGGGGCACAACGGGGGCGUUGAGCCUCGGCGUGCCCGAGUGAGUAGCUCGGUUGCGCGCGGGGCGAUUGAAGUGGUGCAGCGGGUGUCACUCGGCGUGUAGGGCGGCCAGGAAGCUGGAUCCGGCUUGUACGGCUACACUGGAUUGCUGCAGUGUGCGCAUAGCGAGCAUGUGCGCAGGCUGCGUGGCGGUGCUCUUAGCUAACGCAGGGGUAACCCCUGGAAACGUGACUAUCGGACUGUUACAAGCCCCAUCCCAACGACGGGGGUUCCCAAAGCUUUUUGAACACUUAGGCCGUGGCCCACGAGGCAGGCGGGCGGUGGGACGAAAGCCACACCACAAAGCCGCCUGUAAUGCUGGGGCGUAGUGAGCCCAUCGACUCA